UGGUGAACAUUUGACAACCAUGAGCUGGUCAACUCAAGACCUCUCUCCCGCUCUACGUCGCCUCCAGAGCGAUACACAGGACUUCUGGGCCCCGUUACACUCCAUUCGUCGCGUAGACGCCUCCAGCUUGACCCCGCUACAGUUCCACCGCGAGUUCGUGAGCCGCAAUGUGCCCGUCGUGUUGCUAAACGCCAUGACAUCACCAAAGUGGCAAUUUGCAAUGGCAAAUUGGCAGAAUGAUGAUCAUUUGAUUGCCAAAAGUGGAGACCACCCCGUGACUGUGGACGUGACGCCCUUCGGUUUCGGAGACGCGGUACUGGAACUUCCGGGAAACCAUGGGGACGUUUUUGUCAUGCCCGAGGAGAGGGACAUGCCUAUGGCUGAAUUCAUGAAGAUUUUGAAGAACCGCGAUGAAUUUGACGGUGUUCCCUAUCUUUCACACCAAAAUGACAGUUUGAGGGAACAAUUUCCCGAACUUUUUGACGAAGUGCCCCCAGCUAUGGAGUUAGCUGUGGAAGCCUUCGGUAACGAGCCGGAAGCUGUGAAUAUUUGGUUUGGAGACGAGAGAGCGGUAUCGACGAUGCACAAGGAUCACUAUGAGAAUUUUUACUGUGUGGUGAAGGGACAAAAGCAUUUUACGUUGUUGCCACCGUCGAGCGUGGGUUGCCUGUAUGAACGUGAGUUUUCGUCCGCAAGAUACCGUCAUGUGGAUUCUCCUGAACCUAAAGAGGAGAAUCUUGUGGUGGAUGUUGAAGCUACCGAGCGAUUUCAUAAAAGAUAUCCGCAAUAUCAGAAGUGGACGAUUCUGUCGUCACCUGAUAAGGGAGAUACGCCGUGGAUCCCCGUGGAUCCGUUGAAUAUUGACACGGAGAAGUACCCGCUCGCAACAACGUUGAACCCAAUUGAAGUUGUGCUCAAUGCUGGCGAAGUGCUGUAUUUGCCGUCGUUGUGGUAUCACCGUGCAGCGCACUUGUGCCCGACGAUCUCGGUGAAUUACUGGCAUGACAUGGAGUUCGACUGUCGAUACGUGUACUUCAACUUUGUCCACGAUGUUGGAGCGACAAUCACAGCGUUGGAGGAGGAAAAACGCAGCAAGAAAAUUGAAGAGGAAACCGCAGCAUAAUAAUAAAAAAGUUGUUGUUACAUUAA